AUUAUUUCUAUAUCUAUGGUGUUUCUAAACAAGUAUUUAUUGAGUAGUCCAGAUUUAAAGGCACCUUUCUUUGUGACAUGGUUCCAGUGUGCUUUAAGUGUGGUUUUUAUAGCCUUCUUCAGUGCAUUAGGAAAAGUCAUACCCAAUAUAGUCAAAGUCCCACCGUUUCAAGUGAAUUUUGAAAUAUGUAAAGCAGUAUUACCACUGUCUGUUGUAUUUGUAUGUAUGAUAUCGUUCAACAACUUAUGUUUAAAGUAUGUUGGAGUGGCAUUUUAUUUUGUUGGAAGAUCUUUAACAACUGUCUUUAAUGUGGUGUUUACCUAUUUGAUAUUAGGACAAUCUACAUCAGGAAAAGCUAUUGCCUGUUGUUUUAUCAUCAUUGCUGGUUUUUCUCUGGGUGUUAACCAAGAGGGCACUACGGGAUCUCUAUCAGUUGUUGGUGUAAUAUUUGGUGUGAUGGCCAGUGCUUUCGUGGCACUUAAUUCUAUUUUCACCAAGAAAGUGUUGCCUGUAGUAGAUAACAACGUUUGGAGAUUAUCGUUGUACAAUAAUCUCAAUGCUUCAUUUUUAUUCAUUCCUUUGAUUGUUGUUUUUGGAGAAGUGGGAACAAUUAUCUCCUUUCCCAAACUUUUUAAUUCUUACUUUUGGUUGAUCAUGUUUGCUGCUGGUAUCUGUGGGUUCGCCAUCGGAUACGCCACGGGACUUCAAAUUCAAUUCACAUCACCUCUAACGCAUAAUAUAUCGGGAACAGCUAAAGCUUGUGCUCAGACUGUUAUUGCCUGUAUAAAGGACCAGGAUAUCAAACCAUCUUUAUGGUGGCUGAGUAAUGCCAUCGUGCUGUUUGGUUCCAGUAGUUAUACUGAAGUCAAGCGAAGAGAAAUGAAAGCCCAGCAUCAAUUGGAUCAGGUGAAAUCAACGUCAAAACCACAAGAAGAGGAUGUGGAAAAACUUCUGACAGAAAAGGUUUAG